CUCCCGCGGCCCCACCCGGUGCAGACGGCUCGGGACUGGACGGAGCACAGCCGCGUUGCCCUCGGACGGGACCCCAGCCCGCCCCUCCAGGCCACCCGCCCGAGGUCAGCGCGCUCUCCAGGACCUGGCAGGCAGCUGCUCCCCACCUCGUCUCCCUCCCUCGAAACCCGGUGCGGCCACCAUGUUCAGCUGGCUGAAGCGGGGCGGGGCGCGGGGCCAGCAGCCCGAGGCCAUCCGCACGGUGACCUCGGCACUCAAGGAGCUGUACCGCGGCAAGCUGCUGCCACUGGAGGAGCACUACCGCUUUGGCGCCUUCCACUCGCCAGCCCUGGAGGACGCAGACUUCGACGGCAAGCCCAUGGUGCUGGUGGCCGGCCAGUACAGCACCGGCAAGACCAGCUUCAUCCAGUACCUGCUGGAACAGGAGGUGCCCGGCUCCCGCGUGGGGCCCGAGCCCACCACCGACUGCUUCGUGGCCGUCAUGCACGGUGACACCGAGGGCACCGUGCCCGGCAACGCUCUGGUUGUGGACCCAGACAAACCCUUCCGAAAGCUCAACCCCUUCGGGAACACCUUCCUCAACAGGUUCAUGUGCGCCCAGCUCCCCAACCAGGUCCUGGAGAGCAUCAGCAUCAUCGACACCCCCGGCAUCCUGUCGGGCGCCAAGCAGAGAGUGAGCCGGGGCUAUGACUUCCCGGCAGUGCUGCGCUGGUUCUCGGAGCGCGUGGACCUCAUCAUCCUGCUCUUCGACGCGCACAAGCUGGAGAUCUCCGAUGAGUUCUCCGAGGCCAUCGGCGCCCUGCGAGGCUACGAGGACAAGAUCCGCGUGGUGCUCAACAAGGCCGACAUGGUGGAGACACAGCAGCUGAUGCGCGUGUACGGCGCCCUCAUGUGGGCUCUGGGCAAGGUGGUGGGCACGCCCGAGGUCCUGCGCGUCUACAUCGGCUCCUUCUGGUCGCAGCCCCUCCUCGUGCCCGACAACCGGCGCCUCUUCGAGCUGGAGGAGCAGGACCUGUUUCGUGACAUCCAGGGCCUGCCUCGCCACGCCGCGCUGCGCAAGCUCAACGACCUGGUGAAGCGAGCCCGGCUGGCGAGGGUGCACGCCUAUAUCAUCAGCUACCUGAAGAAGGAGAUGCCCUCCGUGUUCGGGAAGGAGAACAAGAAGAAGCAGCUGAUCCUCAAGCUGCCCGUCAUCUUCGCCAAGAUCCAGCUGGAGCACCACAUCUCUCCAGGCGACUUUCCUGACUGCCAGAAGAUGCAGGAGAUGCUGAUGGCCCAUGACUUCACCAAGUUCCACUCGCUGAAGCCGAAGCUGCUGGAGGCGCUGGAUGAGAUGCUGACUCAGGACAUUGCCAAGCUCAUGCCCCUUCUUCGGCAGGAGGAGCUGGAGAGCACGGAGGUGGGGGUGCAGGGCGGCGCCUUCGAGGGCACCCACAUGGGGCCCUUUGUGGAGCGGGGCCCCGAUGAGGCGCUGGAGGAUGGUGAGGAGGGCUCCGACGACGAGGCCGAGUGGGUGGUGACCAAGGACAAGUCCAAGUACGAUGAGAUCUUCUACAACCUGGUGCCGGCCGAGGGCAAGCUGAGCGGCUCCAAGGCCAAGAGCUGGAUGGUGGGCACCAAGCUCCCCAACUCUGUGCUGGGGCGCAUCUGGAAGCUGAGCGACGUGGACCGGGACGGCAUGCUGGACGACGAGGAGUUCGCCCUGGCCAGCCACCUCAUCGAGGCCAAGCUUGAGGGCCACGGGCUGCCCGCCAACCUGCCCCGCCGCCUCGUGCCACCCUCCAAGCGGCGCCAGAAAGGCUCUGCCGAGUGAGCCGCUGCGGCUCGCCGGCCCUGCUCCCUCGCCCUGCUGUGGCUCCCUGCUCCUGUUGGCUGCACACGCACCCCUGCCCUGACCCACCGAGCUGCCCUGCCCAGCUGUGGGGUCUUCCUCUCCCCACAGCCAGACACCCAGGCCCAAGCAUUUAGUGGGGACGGAGGGCAAGGCUUCUCACUGCCACCCUUCACACCUCAUGGCACAUAAUGGCUGCACUGCACCCACCUACAUACAUUUGGCCACAUCACACUGACACUAACACACUCGGCACUGGCACGCCCAUCAUUCGUUUGGAUAUUUAUUGAGCACCUACUACAUGUCUGGCCCUCAUGGAGCUGCCAUUCUCAGGAGAGGGCACCCACCAAUCACACCAAUGCAUGCUGAAGCCACAGACCCCCCUUUUCUCCUGCCAGCCAGGCAAAGACCCCCCACCUCCUGUCCUCUGGUCUUGGGACCACUGGGGGCCCACGGGGGGGGGGCAUGACCUGCUUCCUCAGAGGGACCCCUCUUUAGCCCCUCCCCUCCUUUUUGGGGAAAGCCCCCAAAUUCUGAUCACACCGUUUCUUUAAUAAAGAUCGUGUAACAGGUAGGAAAACCCCUUCCACCCUGGCCCCUUCUGGACCCCGCCCCCUCAGAGAGACUUCUUCCCUCUGUCCCACUACCUGCCCAGGCCUGAGUGCCCAGCCUGCCGCGGGUCCCCCGCAGAGGGCCCAGUUCUAGCACUGCUGUGGCCCGGCCCCUCUGCCCGCACUUAAGAGGCGCCCUCCUGGACACAGCGGCUCCGGGCUGUGCUUUCGUCCGAUUUCAGGGGUGUCCUGGUGUCCUGGGCAGGGUUCUUGGUGCUACUGCCCUCCCUGCUGCAAGGAACCCCCCCCCUCCCGUGCCUUUCUGUCCUCACAUUAGUGCCUCAUGGUGCGGGGACCCCAUGCAAAAGCUGGCCAGCAGCAAACCGCUGAGGGCCACGCCCCGUCCAACUGCUGGCUGGGAUCCCCGCCCACCGGCGACCCUGUCCUGCCCAGGAGGGGCCCGCGAGCUGAAUCGUGUCCCCACAGAGCGAAUAAAGAAAGCCCAGGCUUCCCUCCA